CGACUUACGGCGGCUCUUGUUUGGCACGGUCAUUUUGAAUUCCUCAAAGUUGUGUGUUAAAUUUAUCCUAACUAGGCUUUGUUGUCAUCGAGUUAAUUAGAGUCGUGCCAAACGUUCAUGCCAUCGUCUAAAUUUUCGUCUCAAUUAUAGUAACACUAUUUAUUUAAAUCAUUUACUACCCAAUCCACAAAAAUAAAAUUUAUGGGUCAAUUAUUCAGCUGACUACCUAAUUUGAUUAUAUCUAAUCCAUUAAUUAGUUGGUGCCGUUUUUUACGUUUCUUUUCCCUUCGAAAGUAAACUUUAGCAGAGGCAUCUUAGUUUGGUCCACUUUCACAUUUCACAGCUCAUUUCUUCGAUUCUUAAUUCCGAUUCAAUUUCCUUCCACGAAAAGUCUUCAACAAAUUCCGUUUCUGCAAUUCUUACCUUCAUACAACGAUCAACUCAUUGAUCUACAUCGUUCGACCCAAGAUUUUUUUGAUUUUAUACGUUUUUUUUUUUGUUGUGGCUGAUGGCGGUGUCGGACGAGGCUUUUCCGGCGAGGAAACGGCGGCCAUCGUUAGGGGCGUUUGUGUCGCCGAAUUUGUCCGAUCAAAAGCUUCUGCAGUCGCUGUUUGUUCUAUCGCAAGAGGUUUCUUCGCUGCAGCCGCUGCGAAUUCUUCUGAAGAAAAAUUCUAGUUCGAUUAUCAGAAAAUCGAGGCUGAUUUCGGUCCUUUUUGAGGAACUUGUUCGGAAUCCGGUGAAUGUUUCUCCGCCGUCUGCGGCGCUGUGCUAUGAGGAAUUGUACAUAGUUUUGCAGAGAAUGAAGGUAUUACUGGAAGACUGUUCCACCUGUAGCAGAAUGUGGCUUUUGAUGCAAAUUCCGUCGAUUUCGAGCUCUUUCCAUCAUUUGAUCAUCGAAUUGUCGACGCUUCUGGAUAUAUUCCCCGCGCGAGAGCUCAAUUUGAGCGAAGAUGUUGACGAAUUGCUCAAUUUGAUUAAGAAGCAGUGCUCGGAUACGGCCGCGGAUUCCGUCGACGCCGGCGACGAGAAUCUGAGAGCGGAGGUUCUGAAAAUGCUGGAGAAUAUCAAACGAGAAAUCGUUCCCGAUCACUCGAAGCUGCGGGAGAUUUUCGAGCGAUUGAAUUUGUGCGACUCGGCGAGCUGCAGCAACGAAAUCGAGAACCUCGAAGACGAAGUCCAGAAUCAGGACGACGACAAAUCCAAGGCGGACGUAAUCGCGCUGAUCGGACUCGUGCGCUACGCGAAAUGCGUGCUGCACGGCGCCUCGACGCCGCGAAUCGCCACCAGGCGGCAGAAAUCGGCGGCGGAGGCGAACAUCCCGGCGGACUUCCGGUGCCCGAUAACUCUCGAUUUGAUGCGCGAUCCUGUGGUGGUCUCCACGGGACAAACAUACGACCGCUCCUCGAUAGUCCUGUGGAUCGAAUCGGGUCACGCCACGUGUCCGAAGACAGGUCAGAGCCUGGCCCACACGCAGCUUAUCCCCAAUCUGGCGUUGAAAAACUUGAUUGCUAUGUGGUGCCGCGAGCAGAGGAUCCCCUUCGAGUCAACCGAAGUUAACGUCAAACCAAACGGCGGCGCUUUCAACAAGACGGCGUUGGAAGCGAUUAAGAUGACCGUUUCCUUCCUCGUCAACAAGCUGACGGCAUCGUCGCAGACGGCGGAGGUGAUCGACCGCUUGGUCUACGAGCUUCGCGUCUUGGCGAAGACGGAUUCCGACAGCCGGACUUGCAUCGCCGACGCCGGAGCGCUGCCGUUGCUGGUCAAGUUCUUAGCUUCGGAGAAUCCGAGCCUCCAAAUUAACGCCGUUACAACCAUUUUAAACCUUUCCAUCCUCGAAGCGAACAAGGCGAGGAUAAUGGAGACGGACGGCGUCCUCAACGGCGUCAUCGAGGUGUUGAGGUCCGGCGCCACGUGGGAGGCGAAGGGGAAUGCAGCGGCCACCGUGUUUAGCCUGACGGGCGUGCACGGGUACCGGAAGAAGCUCGGGAGGAAGACACGCGUCGUGAAGGCGUUGCUUGAUUUGGCGAGGGAGGGCCCCACGAAUCCGAGGAGGGAUGCCAUGGUGGCGAUCCUGAAUUUGGCCGGGGAUAGGGAGGCGGUGGCCAAGCUGGUGGAGGGAGGGGUGGUGGACAUGGUCGGGGAGGUGAUGGAGUCGAUGGUGGAGGAGGCGGUGGCGGUUCUCGAAUUGGUGGUGAAGCGCGGCGGGUUGAUGGCGAUCUCGGCCGCUUAUCAUGGGGACAUGAUGAAGAAAUUGACGGCGGUGCUGAGAGACGGUUCAGAUAGAGCGAGGGAGAGCGCGGCGGCGACGCUGGUGAACAUGUGCCGGAAAGGGGGGUCCGACAUGGUGGCAGAGCUGGCGGCGAUAAACGGGAUUGAGAGGGUGGUUUGGGAAAUAAUGGGGGCGGGGACCGGGAGAGCGCGGAGGAAGGCGGCGACUUUGUUAAGGAUUUUGAGGAGAUGGGCGGCGGGAUUAAUUGGAGAGCAUUUCAGCACUCAGCAUUCGGCUACAGCUCUGGAUAUCUCCACCAGGAUUGUACUGCCCGCAUAAAUGUUUGUACCUUAUUUUUUCACAUUAUUUUUUUUUGUGUAUUAUUGUUUUUUUUUUUCAUAGAUUUAUUUGUUCCAUCCAAAUUCAUUUACACAAAUAUAAAUAUUUUUUUUCUCUUUUGUUUGAUGUAAUUAGGUUAAGUAGCCUGAAAUGGCUAAUUUGUGAAUUAUGUUUCGCCUAGUACUUGUACACUCCUCUAUAUGGAAAUCUAAAUUUGACAAUGAUUAAAAUUCCAAUUUUGAUUGAUAAUAAAUGGCUGAUUUAUUCA